UCGCGCUAUUACAAAAAAAAAAUGGUGUAUUUUACAUUACGCUCUUAGUAUAAUAGUCUGGGCACCUACAGUACAAAAGCCUCUUACAUUUCAAUAACUGAUUAAUGCCACAAGAACCAAUCAGAGAAGCCUUCUUUUCAAUAAAGCUUUCUCUAAUUGGUUCUUGUGCCAUUUAAUCAUAAUUAGAAUUCAACUGGCUUUUGUGCAACCGGGCCUGAAUGAUUGGUUACUGUUACUGCAGUAGAAUAAUGGGAAGUAGUGGAACAAUUACAAAUCAAAUUCUUCUUGAUUAGCUUGUAUCACAUUAAUAUUAGCAACAAUAGUAGGCCUAUCCGUUACCCGUGGGUAGCCACUAGCCACAUCAAGCAUUGGCGAGUGUAAAGCACACUGAGACCCCAGUGACACAAGUAUCGGUAGAUGAACUGGUGACUCAAAUGAAAUGCCAGCCGGGUCAUUAAAAUCUAGUGGCCAACUUCCAGAAUCUGGUGAUCAUCGUGUUAUGAGAGCAAUAAGAUAUUAAUAUAUAAGACAGGAUAAGAAUCUGAAAUUAUUCAGUACCUAAUUAUAUAUGUAUUACUGUUCUACUAGCAUAAUUAUGUACAUACAUACUGUAUGUACUGUACUACUUAUAUUCACAGUACUUUUGCUGUAAAAAAUUACAAACAGUUUCUACUCUUGUUUUUAAAUUUAAUAAUCACUUUGUAACAGAAUGAUGAUUGAUUAACGAUAAUGUCAGAUCCAUAAAAGUGGUAUUGUGAAUAAAUAAUUCAUUCAGUUAUUAAAGUAGAAUAAAAGAGAGCUGCUAUAGUGAGAAUAGUUUUACAAAUAGUAUGAUGAAUCUCAAGAUAAAUCUUUCUAAAAAAAUAUUUCAAGACAUACGGUUCAUUAUUUUGGAAAACAAAACUCUCAUUGUUUAUUCUUAAUCCGACUGCAGAGUUGGAGGUGUUGGAGUAUGUUUGGAAGAAUUUCUCAUUGUGGAAGCUGCACUUUAACUCUUUAAGAAUUCCAACACUUUAAAUGCCAAGUAUCCUACUACUGUUCAUGGCUUUCCAAGGAUUUUUCAUUGAGAUCACCGUUUAUCUAGCAACUGAGAAGAUUUUGGCCGAUUUUGAAACGAUUUUUCUGCUGCUAGAUGAUAUAGCAACCAACUUUUCAAUGCUUGAAUUUGUAGAUGGAUCUAGUGAGAACCCGACUGACCAGCAGCAAACAUUUAUUGCAUUGGAUUUCAAUCUUAAAAGAGAUAUGUCGCGUAUUAUAAAAUGUCAUCAGAAUUUCAACAGGAAUUUUAAAGAUUGUGCAGAUUUUUCAGCGUAUGGCAUUCUUGUGAAUACUCUCAACAUAAGCAUCGACACUGUAUUCAACAUUUAUCGUAUGAUGAAGGCAGAAGACUUGAGUACAUCAUUAAACUAUGCAGUGGCAUCAUUCCUGGUCAACUUACUAGGAUUAUUCCGUUUUCACACUGGAAAUAAAAUUGUUAAUCAGAAUGAUAUUUUUCGUCAAGCUAUUGCAAAUCUACCGUGGACUGACAAAGACCAAUGGUUUAAGAAGACGGUGGCUAUUAUGAUGGAACGAGCUAACAUUAACACUGAAAUAAAACCCUACAAUAUUUUUGUUCUGAACCACAAGACAUACAAGAAUCUUAUGAAGUCAAUAUUCACGUACGGAAAUUUUCUCUAUACCACAUCAAAUCCGAAAUAGGCAAUAGUUUGGAAAAUAAAUGAACACUAUUUCAAAGGAAACAACAACGAGUUUUAUAAUUAUGAUUAAUUUGAUAAUUUCCAAAUUCUUGCUACACAAAAAUCAAAACUAUAAUAAAAUAUGAGAAAAUCUUCUAAAA